AUGCCUUUUAUUAACGUCGACAUUGGACUUCCAUUAAACCCCAAGAUGAAACAGGUUCAUUUGAAACUGUUAUUGUGCCUUCUAUUGGCAACUAGUAUCACUGGGCAAGCCUUACCCGCUGGUCAAACAAGUCAAACUUUUGGUGCACAACCAUUUGGCUUAGGACAAUCACAAUUUAGCGCAUGGGGCGGACUUUCACCUGGAGGAGCUUUUCAACAGCAGCCAACUGCAGCACAACUUGGCUCUGGCUUCGGACAACAGCCUGGUAUGGGUUCACAAUUCGGAAUGGGUUCACAGUUUGGAAUGGGUUCACAGUUUGGAAUGGGCUCACAGUUUGGAAUGGGCUCACAAUUUGGCGCUGGCUUUCCACAAGCUGGUGCUGCCCAACAGGCUGGUGUUGCCCAACAGGCUGGUGUUGCCCAACAAGCUGCUGUUCCUCAACAAGCCGCACAGCCAGCUAUUAGUCAACCAGUUCCCGCUGAUACCAGAUCCACUGGUGCUGAUGUAACUAGUGGUACUAAUCAAUAUGGCAGUUCGUACGCGCCUGUACCAGCUACCGGUGAUAGUCGCAAUCUCAACAACAAUAAUUGCUUUAAUAUCAUUGACUCAGCUUUUCCAUCAUUUUCUCACUAUUGUUCGGUAUUACCUCAAACAACGUUUUCAUUACCAAACUUCUUUGGCCACAGCUCAAAACGACAAGCAAAUGAUUUAUUACUUUCAUUUCAACCAGCUUUAGAGUCCAAUUGUUUCGAAGACAUACGUAUGUUCACAUGUCCUUUAUUUUUUCCACCAUGUGAUACCGACGUAGUACUUCCAUGUGCUAGUUUCUGCCGAGCUGUUAAAACUCGAUGCGGUGGUUUUGACCUUACAGCUGUAGAUUGUAGUCAACUCCCAGAAAAAUCGGAUUUUUGUCCAAGCAUUGUUUCAUCAAAUCGUUUACUUAGCGAUGCUGUUGUUCAAGAACGCAGCGCAUCAUUCAGUGAAUCUUCAUCAUCGUACGGCAGUAAUCGUAAUAUUAUCGACUCAGGAUAUGGCAGUGCUGUUAAAGUUGCUCCAGUGACAUCAUAUGGUGCUGAUCGCCUUAUUGUCGAUUCAGGAUAUGGCAGUGCUCCAAAAGUAGCCCCAGUAACAUCAUAUGGUGCUGACCGUAGCUUCAGCGGUUCAACAUACGGUAGCGGUGCUGUUAAAGUAGCUCCAGCAACAUCAUACGGUGCUGAUCGCCUUAUUGUUGACUCAGGAUAUGGCAGUGCUCCAAAAGUGGCUCCAGUAACAUCAUAUGGUGCUGAUCGCCUUAUUGUCGAUUCAGGAUAUGGCAGUGCUCCAAAAGUAGCUCCAGUAACAUCAUAUGGUGCUGACCGUAGCUUCAGCGGUUCAACAUACGGUAGCGGUGCUGUUAAAGUAGCUCCAGUAACAUCAUACGGUGCUGAUCGCCUUAUUGUCGAUUCAGGAUAUGGCAGUGCUCCAAAAGUAGCUCCAGUAACAUCAUAUGGUGCUGACCGUAGCUUCAGCGGUUCAACAUACGGUAGCGGUCUUGUUAAAGUAGCUCCAGUAACAUCAUACGGUAGCGGUGCUGUUAAAGUAGCUCCAGAAACACCAUACGGUGCUGAUCGUAGCUUCAGCGGUUCAACAUACGGCAGCAGUGCUGUUAAAGUAGCUCCAGUAACAUCAUACGGCAGCAGUGUUGUUAAAGUAGCUCCAGUAACAUCAUACGGUAGCGGUGCUGUUAAAGUAGCUCCAGAAACACCAUAUGGUGCUGAUCGCAACAUCGGUAGUUCAGCAUAUGGCACCAGCAUCAAAGCCGCUUCAACAUCAUCAUAUGGUAAUGACCGCAAUCUUGGCAGUUCCGGAUAUGGUAACACCGUAAAAGCUGCUCCAGCAACAUCAUACGGUGGCUCGUCAUAUGGAAACAAUGUUAAAUCUAGUGGAUCAUCAUAUGGCAAUGGUGGCAGUUAUGGUUCAUCAUAUGGCAAUGGUGGUAGUUAUGGUUCAUCAUACUCAACCCAAACUUAUGGCGAACCAUUUGGUAUUCAAUCAACAGGCGAAUAUACUUACUACAAACCAGAGCCUCUUGACUUAUCUCGAUGCGGAGCUACACCCACUGAAAAUCCAUGCACAAUUGGCGGACCUCAAUUCUAUCCAAUUGCGGGUGCUCCCAACUGUUAUAUUCAAUGUUCACUUGAUCGUAUGUUUGUUAAACCAUGCCCAUACAAUCUUGUUUGGAAUACACGCGUAAAUGUUUGCGAUUGGCCAACAGUUGGUGAUUAUCCAGCAGCUGGCAACACUGACUAUGGAUCAUCUUAUUCUUAUGGACGAAAGAAACGUUCAACAGCUGAGCGCAAGAAACGCCACAUGGGAGGUUCAGGUUACGGCGGUGGAGGUUCAGGUUACGGCGGUGGAGGUUCAAGUUACGGCGGUGGAGGUUCAGGCUACGGCGGUCGAGGUUCGGGUUACGGCGGUCGACGCUUGGGAGGUCCAAUUGUUGCUGAAGUACCUCUUGGCCCACCAGUACCAGGUCUUGUUCCAUUACCGGGUUUUGCAGGUCCUAUUGGCAUUCCAGGCCCUCUCAUUCCACCACCAUUCUUUGGUCCACCAUUCUUACCACCAAUUGUUCCACCCAUUGGACCAAUUCCACCACCAAUCAUUCCUCCAUUUCUUCCACCUAUAGCACCUAUUCCACCACCAAUACUCCCGCCACCAUUACUUCCACCUAUAGGACCUAUUCCACCGCCAAUACUCCCACCACCACUCCUUCCACCAUUCCUUCCACCAAUUGUUCCACCACUACCAAUUCCACUUGGCGGCCCAUUGCUUCCACCUCUUCCAAUGAGCAUUCCAGCAACAUUCAUUCCUGGACCACCACCCAUUUUUGGCCCACCAUUCCUCGGUGGACCCUUCGGCGGACCCUUCGGCGGACCUUUGGGUGGACCUUUCGGCGGACCUUUGGGUGGACCUUUCGGCGGACCUUUCGGCGGACCUUUCGGCGGACCUUUGGGUGCACCUUUCGGCGGCCCAUUGGAACCUUUUGGCGGACCCUUCUCACCGUUUGCUUCACCUUUCGGCCUUGAACCAUUCUUCGAUGAUCCAUUCGAUGAUGAUUUUGGUUUCGGCGGUGGUUUUCCAUUUGGUGACGAAUUUUAUGGCGGAUUUCCGGGCCCAUUCUUCGAACCAUUCCCAUUCCCAGGUGGUUUCGGAGAUGAUGGUUAUGGCAAAGGCUCAUAUAAGAACAAAGGAGGCUAUGGCAACGAUGGCUAUGGCAAAGGUAGUUAUGGCAAUGAUGGAUAUGGCAAUGAUGGUUAUGGUAAAGGCGGCUAUGGCAAAGGUAGUUAUAGCAAUGAUGGAUAUGGCAAAGGUAGUUAUAGCAAUGAUGGAUAUGGCAAAGGUAGUUAUGGCAAUGAUGGUUACGGUAAAUCUUAUGACAAUGACUAUUCAAAAUCGAAUUAUAAAAUGAAUGGAAAUUAUCAAAGCAAUAAAUACAAAGGAUCAAAGGGCUAUUCAUCGAAUAAGAACUCAUACUCAUCAGAUUAUGACUCGGAUUACUACCGCCGAAAACGUGACUACAACUUAAACGUUGAUCAAGAUUCAACUCUUCUGGUACAAAACCAAGAACGCUUAUUUCCACAACAAUCACGUUUACUGUCGGUUAGUUCAUAUCAACCACAACAACAACAACCACGAUUAGUGUCUCCAUCAAUCAGUCAAUCGACACCAUGUACUGGCCAACCUCCUAAAUCAAACAUUCCACAUCCAUCUGAUUCAUCAAAAUACAUUUCAUGUAUCGAUGAUACAACUUAUGAAAUCAUGGAGUGUCCAUCAGGUCUUAUCUACAACGGUGGGCUUGAUAAAUGCGAAAAAGUGAAAAAUUCACAAGCACUCUGUGAACGCGACAACCCAUGCUUAAACGAUGGUCAAUGCUAUCAAACAAGCCCAUCAACAUACAAAUGCACUUGCCGUGGCCAAUGGACAGGUGAACGAUGUGAAACACCAGUAUCAUCAUGUGCUUUAAAUCCAUGUGGUGAAGGUAACGAAUGUCACACCUUAGUUGCCAGUGACUUCAAACAAGAUUACGUUUGUCUCUGUGGUGAACGCAAAUCAUACGGUUUAACUUGUGAACGAAAUACAGUGCCAAAUCCAUGUUUAUCUGCUGAACAAGAUCACGAACAAUACUAUCCAUUUGCAUACAGCGCUCACGCUUAUGUUCAAUGCAAUGGUGAUUUGUUCUACGUUCGUCCAUGCGCAGGCGGCCUAUUCUGGAAUCAAGAAUCGAAAAUCUGUGAUCGUGACGAAACAGCACCAGCACGUCCCGCUGAAGAUCAACCACAAUCCUACCAAAUCAAUUACGGCAGCCGACAACCACAAGUAAAAUAUACCCCAUUCACAGAAAUCAUGGGUGACGAAAAUGUUGAUAAACAACAAGCUUAUCGUCAGCGUAAUUAUAAUACACAAAAGAUCGUCAAUGACCAAACCUCAUACACUCCAUCAUACAGUCAAGUUAAUGUCCGCAAAGAGCUUCCAAAAAUGCAUCGAUUUUUUUCAUUACCAAUGAUGAGAGAAUACAGUCGCCGUGUUCAAGUUCCACAAUCGAUGCUUUCUGAUCAAAAAUACGGUCAACAAAAAGCAACAUUUGUUCAACAACCAUUAGGCCGUUUCAUGCAAUCAUCAUCCUAUCGUCGAUAA